CCCGCGGCCUCCCCGCCUCGGGCUUCGGGGUCCCGACACAGCACAUCUCCCUCGGUGCUGCACGCACUGCCCGAGUCUGCAGCCAGCUCCCCGGGCGGAGGCGGUGCCCGUCCGAGCUGCGCGUGCGCGGCCCAGCUGCCCCGCGGUCCCGGGCGGGUGAUUGGGACGCGGUUGGAGGGAGAUGUAGGGGGGAUGGUGGGUGGGCGCGGAUGGCCGGUAGGGAGGCACCGCGGGGUGGCGAGGUACGGGAAACGGUCUUCGGGUGUGCUAGCUGCCCCAGCAUUGGUACUGUACCCCCACUUUUCAAAGAGAACAUGCAGGGUUAAAAAAAAUGUGUUAGUAUGCCAGUCUUUUUGUGCAGUCUUUUUGAUUGCAGAAGAGACAGGAUACAUUGAAAACGUGUUGACUUGCUUAUCUGUAGCCUACCUUAAGCAUUAGAACUACAAACAAACCCUGAUGCGACCUCUCCAGAUUGUCCCAAGUCGGUUGAUUUCCCAGCUGUAUUGUGGCCUGAAGCCUUCAGCCUCCACACGAAACCGGAUUUGCCUGAAAAUGGCUCGGCCAAGUUCAAGUAUGGCAGAUUUUCGGAAGUGUUUUGCAAAAUCAAAGCACAUAGUCAUCAUCUCAGGGGCUGGUGUUAGUGCAGAAAGUGGCGUUCCGACUUUCAGAGGAGCUGGAGGUUAUUGGAGAAAAUGGCAAGCCCAGGAUCUGGCGACUCCCCUGGCCUUUGCCCACAACCCAUCCCGGGUGUGGGAGUUCUACCACUACCGGCGAGAGGUCAUGGUGAGCAAGGAGCCCAAUGCCGGACACCGUGCCAUAGCAGAGUGCGAGGCCCGGCUGGGCAAGCAGGGCCGGCGAGUCGUGGUCAUCACCCAGAACAUCGAUGAACUGCACCGCAAGGCUGGCACCAAAAACCUUCUGGAGCUCCAUGGUAGCUUAUUUAAAACUCGAUGUACCUCUUGUGGAGUUGUGGCUGAGAAUUACAGAAGUCCAAUUUGUCCAGCUUUAUCAGGAAAAGGUGCUCCAGAACCUGGAACUCAAGAUGCCAGCAUCCCAGUUGAGAAACUUCCUCGGUGUGAAGAGGCAGGCUGCGGGGGCUUGCUGCGACCUCACGUCGUGUGGUUCGGAGAAAACCUGGAUCCUGCCAUUCUGGAGGAGGUUGACAGAGAGCUCGCUCACUGUGACUUAUGUCUAGUGGUGGGCACUUCCUCUGUGGUGUACCCAGCAGCCAUGUUUGCCCCCCAGGUGGCUGCGAGGGGUGUGCCAGUGGCUGAAUUUAACACGGAGACCACCCCAGCUACGAACAGAUUCAGGUUUCAUUUCCAGGGACCCUGUGGAACGACUCUUCCUGAAGCCCUUGCCCCUCAUGAAAAUGAAACUGUUUCUUAAGUAUCCUGGGCAAGAAGGAAAUUAUAUCUAAGAACUAGGCCACACGCAGAGAAGAAAUGGUCUUAUGGGUGGUGAGCUGAAUAUUGAACAAUCUAAAAAUAUCCUCUUAUUCCCUAGCUGGAAUCCAACCUGUUGAUAAGUGAUGGGGGUUUGGAAGUAGCAAGAGCACCCACAUUCAGAAGUUACAGGACUGUAAAGUUAAUGCAUAUUAUUUGGUUUGAACUGAAAAGUAAGAUAUCUUUGAUGUGUGUGGUUGAUUAUUGAGAGGGAAAAAUUUAGUAAAUUAGAUUGUCUUAAAAAAUACCGUUAUCCUGGUUAUAUUUUUGUUAUUUAGGCAAGGUGUAGAAGUCGAGGGGUAAAAACCUUUUAAUUGUAAUUUUUGCAUGAGUUUCAGUAGAAAAUGAAAUCACUCUCUAUAGUAGGUAA